AUGAACCAGCUUCAACCUUCACGUGUGGAGAAGAUACGCUGUGCCAAGGCAUGCACCACAUGUCGACGUAAAAAAGUCAAGUGCGAUGGUAAACGCCCUGUUUGUUCCACGUGCCAUACUUUCGGUCUUCCUUGUGCAUUUCAAGACGUUUUUGAGGGGAAUCAGAGAUCUAGCCGGGCAUAUGUUGAAGAGCUAGAACAGAGGCUCAAGCGCAUGGAAGAUGAUUUGAAGCGGAGAGGUCAAUUUGAAGGAUCCCCUCAGGAGAUCCUCGAAGACAGAAUCUCAUCUGAAUACAGCCGGGGCACCAGCAGAAAAGCCCCUGACUCUCGUCAAUCUGGAAACGUGGCAAAUGAUCGGCUCUCGGAAGAACGUGUUCGUUUGGGAGACGAAAACGCCCUUCUGGAUGGCGAUGAUGAUGAUGAUGAUCAGCCCUCAUACGUCAUUCAGUCACAAGAUGGCAAGAUGCGAUUCUACGGGGCCUCUUCUGGAUUCAAUGCGCCAUAUUCUGAACCGGGUGGUCAAAAUGGCACGAGGGAUUCUAGAGCAGAUGGUGAAACUGCAGUUCAACGCAGUUCGAGCCGUUGGCCCUUGACAAAUUGGAUCCCCAGGAUGCUUCAAGACCCGUUUGAGCAACGGACAACCCGAAUUUUGCCAUCCAAGAAAGCUACAUUGGCUCUGGUGGACGAGUUUCUCGGUACAUUUAACCAAGCUAUACCACUAGUUGAUGAUAGGUCUUUCAUCAGAUUGGUAGAAAGGCAAUUCUCCUGGAACCCAGAUGAAAACCCUUCUUCAUGGGCAUUGCUCAAUGUGAUUCUCGGCUUCUCUUAUAGGGAAAGGGCACAAACGGCAUCCGAUGAGAGUUAUGACUGGAAGAUGUCCCUGGGACAUAUCAAAAAUGCUUUGAACGUUGUCGUUGAGUUAUUCAUGCGAAAUGCAGAUUUAUCUGCUGUCCAGGCACUACUGGGGCUAGCACUGUACUUCCAAGGUACGCCAAAUGCCCAGGCCUUGUUCAUGUUUUCUGCAGCCGCGAUACGCCUAUCACAUUCUAUUGGACUGCAUAGAAACACGAUAGCUGGCAUGGAUGCGUCUGAAACUGAACAAAGACGACGAAUAUUUUGGAUUGCAUUCAUUUUGGAUGCAGAUAUCUCCUUCAGAGUUGGCCGUCCACCAGUCCAAGAAUUGGAGGAUUAUAACACCCCAUUGCCAGCCAGCUUACCUUCGGAUAGACGAGGUAUCAUCUGUCUAGCUGGUAUUGAAAUAAAUUUCCUGCGUCUUGCUGCUCAACUAGCACUUGUUCAAAGACGUCUAUAUCGUCAUUUUCAGUCCGCUGCUACAGAAAAACAGCCCCGAGAGAUGACGAUAAGGUCAGCAAUGGAAUGCGAAGAAGCUCUUUUCACCUGGAGAGAUUCAAUACCGGAAAAACUUCGACCCCAGAAAUCGUUCAAUCUCGAACCAACCUACUUCCUGCAGCAUCUCAUCCGAAUGCACGUUACGUACCACUCUUGCUGUGCAAACCUCCGACAACUGCCAAGGACAUCCUCUUUUACCGACGUGACAUCCCCAAAUAACGAUCAUAAAGUGGAUAUUGACAUUGCCAAUAUUUGUCGACGAUCUCUCGAGUCAGCCCGUUCUGCGGUGGCUUUACUUCCAUAUACUCGUUCCUUCGGGUCUAAUUAUAAAUGGAAUGUUCUUUACUUUUUUGCCACAGCGUCCGUGGCCUUAGCGUUGGGAAUCACGUCUCAUCCCACCCAUGAAAUGGUCAACGAUGAUCUCCGGAUGGUUCGUGACACCGUCGCAUUCCUUACAAACAUUUCAUCUGAGGAGCCAAGCACUUAUGUUGACUUUAUUCUGGGUGUUUGCUCUGACCUGGAAAUCUCUGCGAGGCGAGCUAUUCGCAAUUCUCGCCGGGAUGUGCCCGAGCGACCCGCAUCAAGGACCAAUGGGGAUUAUCGUGGCAUAAAUACCGAUUCUGUUUCCCAGGGAGAAUCUACGAAUACUGGCGGGGAUAAUAUGCUUCAACAAGUCAUCGAUCCCGAAGGCGAUUCUAUGGUAGACUUGAUGAACCCACAAUGGUCCAUUCCUCCGUUCUGGAGCUGGCAGGAUACAUACUCUGGCAUAUUGCCAUCACCGGGAAUCAAUGAAGGCAGACCGGAGGAUUUCAUCUAG